CACUGGAGCGCUAACAACUUGAUCUUGCACUAUCGCUCAGUCAGGAGCGCGGACACAGCUGCAAUACAGUUCAGAACACAAGCAAGAGGUUUGCGCACGACGGAGAUCGCUUUGGAUAACACACUCGACUUUUUUUUACCUGAAGAAUAUCCAUUUGAACUGGAUGUCCAUGGAAUAGAUGCACUGUUUUAUUAGCCUUGCACUUAAGUUUUUUUCCCUCUGGAAAACUGAAAUCUGGAAUUCUGACACCUGUCAGCAAGGCGAUCUACAAAAUCAAUACGCGUAACAUUUCUUUAAGAUAAUGGUAUUCAUUUAGGAGGAGAAAUAUUAUCUUUCCCUGAUUACUAAUGACUAAUAAUGCUCAUUGAUGAUAAAAAUAUAUAUAUAUAUUACAUUUAAGCAACAGUGAGCUAAAUCUCACCUAUCAACGGAUUGGUUCACAAUCUUCAUUAUUAGAAUAGGCUAUAGCCUAUAUAGAUGGGAUAGCCUACUAUAGAUCAGACAAACCUGACUUUUUUUAAUCAAGAGGAUACUUUCGCGACUCUCUCCGAGUCAACUCCAACGAAAACAUCAGCAAGACCUUGUUUGGGACAGUAGGCUACUCUACGCAAACGGGGUCCUGAAAGAAGCCAGUGCUCUCUCCCCGGAGCGCUGUCCCGCGCGCUGAAGUGCUGAGGAGAGACCCCGUCCAGCGCGCGCCCAUAAAUGCCCAGCCGAUCGCGGGGUCUCGAGGAUGGGCGGCAAGAAGAGCUCGUGCAUUCUGCUGCUCGCGGCGUUUGCGGCAUUCCUGAGGCUUGGUAGCGCUGAGGGGGACCCGCUCCCUCCGUCCCUGGUGGGUUUGGUAAGGGACAGCCCCAUCGCAUCUAUAGAAGACUUAAGGAAGCUGCUGGACACUGACUCCGUAGAAGAAGAAUCAGACAACCAGACAACCAAUGAAAUCCACUCCAGCGAUGUUCAUCAUCGAGUUCCCAGAAGCCUCAUGGCGAGUGCGGAGCCGGCGCUGCAGGCUGCGUGUAAGGUGCGUACGGAGGUGCUGGAGGUGACGCGCUCCAUGCACGACCGCACCAACGCGCACUUCAUGCUGUGGCCCCUCUGUGUGGAGGUGCAGCGCUGCUCUGGGUGCUGCAACGGACGCACCUUACAGUGCGUGCCCAUCGUCACCGAGACCAGGCAGCUGCAGAUGACCAAGAUCACGUAUGUGAAGAUGCGGCCGCACUACGAGAAGGUCAUCAUCCCCGUGGAGGACCACGUGAGGUGCGGCUGCCAGCCGCUGACCUCUGCCCACGCCGGACGCUCCUCGUCCACGACGGCGCGUAAGCCCCAGGCCACCCCUCCGCCCCCCCCGGCCCCCCGCGUGGCCCACAAGCCCCCCCCGCCACCGCACGGCCAGGCCAAGGAGGAGCUGCACCGCCACGAGCAGCUCAAGCAGCACCAGCGGCAGCAGCUGGAGGAGCGGGGGGGCGUCCAGGAGCCGGCGUGGGCCAGCAAGUACAGCCCCUCCCACACGGCCGGGGAGCCCCCGCACCACACGCCCGCGCGCACGGACUACCAGCAGCACCGCCGCACCACCCCCCAGCACCCGCUCACACACAGCCAGACGGGGGAUCGGGACGGGGAGGCGGGGGCCGGGCAGAUGCCGUCCAGCGCUCAGCCGUCGUUCGGCGACGGCGGUCAUCGGGAGGACGGGGGGAGGCCGCCGACGCUCGGGCACGGCAGCGGAGACGAUAGCGGCCGACACGUGCAGGGCGGGCAGCAGCAGUACCAGGCACCGGACCACACGCAGAACCAGCAGCAGCAGCAGCAGGGGCCCCAGCACGACUACAGGCUCACGCUGGGGGAGCAGCCCAGGCACCGGCCGGCACUGUCCGGCACACACAUGCUGCGGGACGCCACCACGCCCCACCAGCCGCAACACGCACCGCCCUACCACCACCACGGCCAACCGGACGCCCCCGUCUACCACCACGGCCAAUCAGACACGGCCGGUCAGACGCGCGUCCAGCCGGAAGGGAGCAGCCAUCACAGCGGGUCGGAGGGGAGCGGUCCGUCCGAUCCCAGCCAGCCCGAGGUGACCAGCGUCCAGAGAGCAGCGGAGGACACGGAGGAGGAGAGGACGCGGCUACACGCAGACGACUCGGACACGGACAGGCAACAGGAAGCCAAGUCACAGCUUCAUCAUCAUCAUCCCCACCAGGCGCAUCCCCAGAGCCAGCCGCAGACGUCCACACAGCGAGCAGUGACGGACGCUCCGACUACGUUACGGCCGGCGAGUCCGUCCCCGAGAGCUCAGACCACCCCGCGACCCCCGCCCCUACGCAGGAGACGACGCAAACACCGCCGGAGGAUCAGCAAGGCCACCAUGAGAGCCAUGAUCAUGGUCAUGUCCUAAUGGUGUGGAGCUCAGGGAGGAGGAACCAAUGGGAUUCAGGGAGAAAAGCUGGAAGUAAGACACAGGGACAACACACGCCAACAACAACACCAACGCAUCUCAAGGCAGCCAUCUUGGAUCCAGGAGGCCCAGAGCCACCACCCCAGAGGCCUGAACAGUGUAGCGCCACGCCUCUGCUCAUCCCCACACCCACACAACACAGAGGAGUGGAGCUUAAAGGGAUAGUCCCUGACUCCAUGCCCAGACAACACAGAGGAGUUGAACUUAAAGGGAUAGUCUGUGACUCCACGCACCAAUCAUGUGCGCUCCUCACCUCAUGGCCAGUGUGUUCGUUUUCUCCAUUGCGCUCUCAGCUUCUGUCUCCGUUGGCUGCUUCAUUGGGAGUCAGUGUGUGGCUAUGGACCUGUUCUCUGUAGAGGCCUUAUGGAUACUGACCGGGACAGUUGGAGUCUAGACUGUCUGCUGGAAUGGCCUCUGGAUCCCUGGACUUAACUGGAAGAGGCGCUGGUGUUUGUUGGAGGACUGGUGCUAAUUUACUUUGGCCUCGCCCCAUGGAUAGCAGCUACUGCUCUGCUUUGAAAGACUCUGGACUUUGGUUGGAAAGAGACACGGGGGACAGAUGCAUGCAGAGCAGAGUGCUGCCGAUGCCACGCGGUUGCCUGUUGUCUAAGUCAAGCCUGAAACACUGGAAGUUCAAACACUGGAUGUUGUGCAUUCUCAGACUGAUGCAUAUAUAAACGAAAAAAUAAACCGUUGUUGUGUCGCAAAACGCUUCAAAAUACAAUUGACAGAAAUCUCCAUGUUAUCACAUCAUUAGGAUAAGCAUGCCUCGUGAUAUACUGUAUGUGAAACUCUUGCUGUAUACGUUUAAAGUAAAAGAAAACAAAUGGCGACACUGGACGGUAGAGGGGGAGAGUGCUGUCCAGCUCUUGGGCACGGCUAUAAGUGGCCUUUUGGGCAGGGACGCACGGAGGGGGAGUGUCCCUCUGGUCACACAUGGAGUGGACACGUUAGAAGGGAGGUUAUGGCGAGCGCUCUAAGCGCUGGGUUUAGUUCGGAGACUACUGAAGCAGUGAAGGCCCCUGGCCCGUGUGUAUUAGUGAUGUUGGGACCUCUGUACAAAGUGCUAGCUAGCUUACACUGGCUGUACAUUUUACAAAUGCAAUUGUUCUUAUCUCUGUAUUAUUUGUUAACUUAUUUAAAUAAGACAGACGUGAUUCUGUCUGUAUGUGCUCAAAUGUAAUUAAUGUUAUUGAUUAUAAUUAUUUGUUGUAAUUAUUGCUAUUUUAAUAUAAAGAUGAAAUCUAAAUUGA